AUGACAAACAGCAUCACCAGGGAGGUGUAUGUCAAGCCAGAACGGCUGAAGAUGCACAAGUUAUGGGUCCUGUUGCUGGCUGUAGCUCUAGUCUCAUUUGUCUCCAUGGGAUUUCUGGUGUUGCAAAGCAUACCUGACGUCGAUGUUCCAGAAGCAGAAGCAUGUCAAGGACUAUUGAGCAACAUAACACAGCCUCAGAGGGUGAAUGAGGUCUGGAGCCUGGAACACCUGAAAUUAAUGCAGAGCUGCCGCUGGAAGUUCAAUGCUACUGCCUUGACCAAAUACAGGGCAGAGCUGGGGCGCUGCUGCAAUGCCUCGGCCUGGCUGGCUGUGACACAGGAAAAUGCACCCCUGGACUCCAGACUGUUCUAUGAUGCGAGCAGCUCCAAGAGCUUCAAAGUUAGCAGUGGGUUGCUGGAGAUCCUGCCAAAGAAAUCCCCCUUUCAGGAUGGUCUCUACAAAACUUGUGCUGUAGUGGGAAAUGGAGGAAUCCUCAGGAAUAGUAGCUGUGGCUCUAAAAUUGAUGAGCACGAAUUCGUAAUCAGGUUUAACCUGCCUUCUAUGGACUUCCCUGAUGAUGUGGGCAGAAAGACAAAUAUUGCCACUGUGAACCCAAGUAUCCUUAACACAAGGUUUCGUGGUCUGGUUGGUCGACGCCUGCCGUUUGUGAAGGCAGCAUCUUCCUAUGGAAAGACUUGGUUUCUCAUCCCAGCUUUCUCCUUCCCUGGACUUAGUGAUGUUUCUUACCGAGCAUUCUAUGCCUUAGAGGACUCUGGCUCCCAGUCUCACGUCAUUUUCUUCCACCCUCAGUACCUGAGUGCUCUAAGCAAGUACUGGCGUGAUCAUGGUUUUCAUGUCUAUCGCCUCUCCUCCGGUUUCAUUCUAGUGAAUGCUGCCCUGGAGUUGUGCCAACACAUUACACUCUAUGGAUUCUGGCCAUUCUCUUUGCAUCCAGAUGGCCAUUCCCUGCCCCAUCAUUACUAUGACAACGUGCUUCCCAAAAAGAGCAUUCACAGCAUGCCCAAAGAGUUUGCUUACUAUGUGGAUAUGCACUUCCACGGUGUGCUGCAGCUGCACGUGGGGCAGUGCUGA